UGAUUGGGAACCGAAGUUGGAGCAACGUUCAUACCUCGGCUCCGCACGAUCAACGUCUGUGCAGCCCAAGGACUACAAAGACAGAAGACCGACAUAAGUAAUCAAAAAACAACUGUUUUACAUUGGAUUGAACUUGCGAAUAUGUCUGGCAAGAUUACGUGCUACCUGGACUGUGUGUCACCUUACUCCUACUUUGCCCUGCUUUAUUUGGAGAAGAACAGACAAGCACUUGCAUCGCACAAUGUAGACAUCGACAUCAUCCCUGUCUUCCUUGGCGGCAUCAAUGUCGGCAGCGGCAACAAGCCACCGUGGACGCUCCCCGCAAAGGCCGCGUACAGUGGUUUUGACAGCGCGCGAGCAAAGCGAUACUUUGGCGCAGAAGACGUGAAGACCCCGGACUUCUUCCCAAUCUUAUCACUUCUCCCGCAGCGUGCCUUGGGUUUCGUCAAAGAGACUCACCCGGACCUCUUCAUUCCAACCUUCAUUGACAUAUUUGACGCAAUGUGGAAGAACGGCAAAGACGUCAGUGUCCCUGAGACGCUUGCCGAGACACUCCAGUCGCGCUUCACCCCUGAGCAAAUCAAGAUCAUACUGUCCUCGGCCAACAGCGCGCCGUUCAAACAGCGACUGAACGACAACACAAAGGAGGCCCUCGACAAGGGUGCGUUCGGAUGCCCGUGGUUCUGGGUGCGUAACGCAAAAGGAGCCGAAGAGCCAUUCUUUGGAAGUGACAGAUUUCACUACAUGUGGGAGUAUCUUGGGUUACCUUGGAAGGAUGUGGAGCUGGAGCCACACACCACGCCGAAAGCGAAGAUUUGAGCGGGCGAAAGGGUGGAGAGUCACAGAUACUGGAGCUUGUUGGAUUGGCGGUUAGACUCGC